AUGACCGAGACCGCUGGCAGGGCCACCGGACCGCUGCCCACCCUGGCCCCGCCGCUGAGCAUGAUGGUGGCCGGGCAGCGCCGGCGGCUGGUGGUCUGUGUGGUGAGCGACCUGGCCCCCGGCUCCGGCCAUGCCGUCUGGAUCUCCGGUGGGAAUGGCAGCACCCUGCAGUCCUUCACCUACGGGACCUCCCAGGAGGACGGUGGCACCGUCUGCACCGUCUCCCUCCUCCCUGACGACCCCCCGGCCGAGGGGGAUCUCGCCUGCCACAUCGGACCCAACACAACCUCCCCGGCCCACAGCUCCAGCCCCAUCCGUGUCACGGGCGAUGAAGAAGUGGCAGAGCCGUGUCCCGGCAGCACGACUGUGCCGCCAGCCCGCGCCUCGGCAGCCCUGCUCGUGGCCGUCCGCGUGGUGCUGCUGAAAGUCGCGCUCUCCGACGCUCUCCUCACCUCCAUCCUCCUGGCCCAGAGCUGA